AUGAUAAACUGGACAAACGGAAAAUGUGGUAGGUUCCGAGAUCAGAGCCACCUUGGCAUCGUGCAUAUCCUCGACUUCCUGUCUCGGACUGCUUCCCUGGUGAGCUUUCCUCCUACCGGUCUUUAUUUGGAUUUUCUCCCGUCCUGGAUUUGCUGGAAUCUAUGGACAGCUCGCAACCACAGACUCUUCUCCGAUUCUGUGUUCUCUGAACAGGAAGUCAUGCUGAAGUCUCUAGUGGAUGCUAGAAUUUGGCAAGAAGCGCAGAAGCAAAAGGGUACUACGCCUCAAUCUUCGCCUGCCUCGAUCCCAGUAAUUGCUCCAGCUAGAGUCAGCUGCAACAUUGAUGCAGCUUGGCAAGCUGAGUCGCAGUCCUGUGGAAUGGGGAUGAUAUUCCAUUUUCAAGAGGAAGGAAGAACUAUCAGCUUCUCAAGCUCUCGACGCGAUGUGGCCUCGCCCCUCGCAGCUGAAGCUUGGACAACUUGA